AUGUCAAAGGUUGCGGAGAAGAAGCUCAUCAAUGAUAAAAUUGCGAAAGUUCGCGAAGUCGUACAUGGUGUCAGCACGAAUGACAUUAUAUUGGCAUUGCAUUCCUUUGAUAUGAAUGUGGAACGAACCAUUCAGGCAUUUUGUGAAGAUGGAGCUUCGGAAGUGCUGGACGACUGGGUCCGUCCAACUGGUGCUUCUGGGAAAAACAAGAACAAAAAGAAGAAGAAGAACAAGCAGUGUGGUUCAGAGUCAGAGGCUGGUUCUGUUGCGCCUACCGCCUCGCCGUCUGUCGUUCCAAAAACUUCGCCCAAUUAUUUCGUAGUUAUAUCAACUCAAGGAGCAUCUGCGCCAGCGGCUGUUUCUUUGCCGAAAGCUGUCUCACCGGUUCAAGCGGCCGCUAUCAAACAUGCCACUAGUCAGUCCAGUAUUUCAAGCUCACUUGGAGCGGAUUCGGGUGUAAAUCUCAGCCCUACUCAUAAUGCCAAGGUUGUUAGUGGAGGAAUUCAGAUGCAGUCGGAUGUACUAUCAGCAGAUCAGUUGGAAGCUCUUCAACGUUCUUUGGCAGAACAGCUGGCAGCAUUCGGAAUUGAUGCGUCAGUGCUGUCCGGUGUUACUGCUGGAGACAUGCCUGUUCGUCGUAAUCGAAAGCUGGACGCAACUAGGAAAGGCCCUGUGCAGUACAGAAAUGAAAAGUCAUCAAUACGUCCCCAAUUAUCCAUUCUGUAG